CCAGACAGCAUCCCUGUAGAAUCUGGCAGUGAAGAGGAUGAUGAUACCCAUUGGUCUUGAAUCGUUUUGCUGUUGCUUCUUGCCUAGGCGGUGCACAACGUCGAUGGUAUCACCAACUUUGUACUUCUCUGCAGGCAUAACUUCUUGGCAGAUGCGGAUAGCCUGUCCUCGCACAUCUUCAUUCUCCACCUCUGGCAAGCCGUAGAGUCUCAGGUUCCAUCUUCUUGUGUAUUGUUCCAGAUCAGUGAGACGUCUAUGGUAGAUAUUGAUGCCCAAGUCAAAGGAAGUUCUGUCCUCAAGCUCUGGCAGUGGCAGUGGCAGUGACUCCAACAGUGAAGCUGAGACCAAGUCCAAGAAGAGAAAGCAGGCAGCACCAGAGAAACCAGCAGCUAAGAAACCGAAAGGGGGAGAGAGUUCCAAGCCGGGUGGAACCUCCAAGGGAAGUCGCAACCAGGACAAGGAUGACAACAAGUUCCAGAUUGGGAAGAUGCGGUAUGUGAGCGUUCGUGAAUUCAAAGGUAAAUGUCUGAUCGACAUCCGUGAGUACUGGAUGGAUCAGGAGGGGGAGAUGAAGCCUGGCAGGAAAGGUAUCUCACUGAACCCAGAACAGUGGAACCAGCUAAAAGAUCAGAUCUCUGAGAUAGACGACGCUGUGAAGGCUAUAUAGGAGGGAGGCCUCUGGCUGCCUGGGAUUUACAAUCCACCACCUUACAUUCUGUUUUUGUUCUUAUCUUUACCACCUUUUUUUUUUUAUAUAAUGUUAGUGAAACGUUUUUAAAGGAAGAGACCAACAUUUUUAAAGUAAUUACCAAGACAACAUUGUGUAUAUUUUAAGCUAAGUUUCUGUUGACUUGUGCUGUGUUUCGAAAAACCCAACGUAUGUUACGUUUGUUGAGUGAUUCUGAUGUAGUGAAGUGUGUGUGUGUGUGAGAGAGAGAGAUUGGGUUUGCUCUAAUAAGUAAUUAAUAAAAGCCAUUUAAAAGGACAAAACAA